AUGUUUUCCGGACUAUCUAGCAGGUUUUUGCCCCUAGUGAGGGCUUCUCCUGUGAGGAGGUUGCACGUUUCGGCGUCCCUAAGAGCGGAAGAACCAGUUGGCAAUGCAACAUCGAAACUGUCAAAAGACCAAUUGAAGAAGAGAGAAGUUAGAAGAUUUGCGCAGAAGAAGGCGGCCGCGAGGAGGCCUGCCAGCGAGCAUCCUUUAUACAUGCCUGUGGAUAAAGCUCUGAGGUUUUUGCGCGCCGCUGAGGUGGGCCAACCACAGUCGCAGCAGACUCUGAGUGUCACGACAAUUGUGAUUUCUGAAAGAGGUGCGCCACUUUUGAGCGGUAACGUGUCAUUUCCAAACGCGUUGAAGGAGCUGAAGAUCGCGGUUUUUACCAAUGACGAACAGCAAGCCCAAAUUGCAAGAGAGAAAUUCAACUGCCACGUUGUCGGCGGUUCGGAGUUGGUGGAAAAGAUUAAGCAAGGCCAAGUGCCUCUCGACUUUGACAAAAGUUUUGCUACCCCUGAAAUAGCCACACUGCUUGCAUCGCAGCUUGGUAGAAUAUUGGGGCCUCGUGGCCUACUGCCUGCAGCUAAAAAGGGUACUGUUUCAGAAAACCUAGAAUCCCUGAUUAAAGAUAGCAUGGGCACACUGCCUUUUAGGCAACGUGGUAAUAACAUAAGCAUCGCCGUUGGCAGAUGUUCUUUCACAGAUAAGCAGCUUUUAGAAAACAUCGUCGCGGCUCAAAAAAGCGUGAAGGAAGCGCUAGCCAACCAAAAGGCCAAGAAGCCAAGUUUGUUGGGCCAGACGACUCUCACGUCUACUCGCGGUCCCGGUAUUGUGAUUGACUUUGCUUGA